CGUCGAUAUCGCAGACCCAAAAAUUGAUAAAUAAUGGCUGCUAAUGAUGCAUUGACAUGUUGUUCACUUAGCAGUAGCAGCGUCACCGUCCAAAGAUGGCCCUGUGACGGUGACCCCUUCAGGCUCUAUCCGUGGCUCGUGGAUGGAGACCAGGCGCGGCCGGCCGGUCCAGGCCUACCGCGGCAUCCGAUACGCGGAGCCGCCUGUCGGGGAACUCAGGUUUCAGCCUCCGAAACCAAUCUUGAAGUAUGAGAACCAAGUGGACGCGAGCGAGGAAGGGCCGGCGUGUCCGCAGCCCACGGUGGGCGACUACUACAUCGACGAGGACUGUCUGAGGAUCAACGUCUACACGCCUGAUAACAACGGUAAGAAGCCGCUGCCGGUGGUAUUCUACAUGCACUCGGGAGGGUUCUACUCGAUCUCGGGGCGGAGCGACGUGGCCGGGCCGCGCUACCUGCUGGACCUGGACGUCGUGCUCGUCACCAUCAACUACCGCCUGGCGUCUCUCGGUUUCCUCAGCACGGGAGACGCCCUCGCUCCCGGGAACAAUGGCUUCAAGGACCAGGUGGUGGCGCUGCGCUGGGUGCAGAGGAACAUCCGGGCGUUCGGCGGAGACCCCGCAAAGGUCACCAUUAGCGGUUGCAGUGCUGGAGCCUUCAGCGUCAUGUUGCAUAUGAUAUCCCCGAUGUCCAGAGGUCUCUUCCACCGUGCGAUAUCCAUCAGCGGUUCCCCGAUCUCCCAAGUGGCAAACCGUCACGACAUGUACUCCCUGGCGGAGAAUCAGGCGCGGCUGCUCGGCUGCCCCACCACCAACUCCAAGGCCAUCAUCGACUGCUUGAAGACCAAGACCUUUAGGGAGCUAGGCAAUUCACUGGAUGGAUUUUUCCUCCCAGGUUACGACCCAGUGUUAGUUUGGUCUCCGGUGGUAGAGCUGGACUUCGGCCAGGAACGUUUCCUCACCAUGGCUCCUGAGGAAGUUGUCAAACAAGGCAAGAUGCACUCCGUCCCCUUCAUUAUCAGCCAGACAGAGGGCGAGUUCUUUUGGAAGGCCUACACCGUUCUUCGAAACAAAACCAUCCUAGACUCCUUCAAUGCCGACUGGCAUCGCCUCGCGUCCGUAGCCUUUUUACUUGGCAACCACUCCAGCGCUGCAGACCGCUUGAAGCAAGUUUAUUUGAAUGGCCACAAAUUGGAGAACAGCGCUGUGGCCGCUGACGGAUUAGGGAAGCUGUACGCAGACUCGCUCAUUGGGUUUGGAGUUCACAGAAUGGCAAACCUGAUGUGCCGCCACUCCCCGCACAAGGUGUGGUACUAUGAGUUCAGCUACGUCGGCAACCGCAGCCACUACGAAGAUUCUAAUGGAAAACCUGAAAAGGCGGCCCACCACGACGACCUGAUCUACCUGUUCUCUUUGCCGGCCUCGUUCCCCCUCAUCAACGUCACCGACGGCGAGGACUCCAAGAUGGUGGACAAGAUGACCACGAUCGUCUACAACUUCGCUAAAAAUGGGGAUCCAAAUGGAAAGCAGUCGGAACUGUCUCCGCAGUGGUCCGCCAUGACCCCGACCUCCAGGAAUUACCUUAAGGUCGAUAAACAAUUCUCCAUACACGAGAACCUCUUCGAAGACAGGUUUAAAGUGUGGGAAGAACUGUUCCCGAUGCAGUAUGGAAGAUAAAAUAGGAGAUCUGAAUUUGUUAGAAGUAAAAGGGUGAAAAUCAUUUUAAACGACCAUUUCGACAUAAAAAUUUGUCCUCAUGCUAUAUUUAAAAAAAUAUUAUCAAUUCUACUGCAACGAAUACAUACAACUAUAGAAUUAUACCUUGCCUAGCUAAAUAAAUAUAAUGUAUUGUUUUUUUGUACCAGUAUUUAAUAAUAUCCUUCUUUUUUCACACCGAACCGGAAUUUUCUCCAUACAAAAUAUUUUGUCCUAUUCACGACUUGCGUUACAAAAUACAACCGAAUAAAAAUUCUAGUAACGAUAUUAAAACAAUUGGUUUUUUUUUCGGUAUAUAUUAUGAUUUGUAAUUGAUAUCAGGUAAAGCUAAUUACAUUUGUAUAUAUUUUUAUAAUAAAUAUUAGUUUAUAAAUUGAUGUCUAUAAUUAUCUUCCAUUUUAUUAUUCAUUUUUGUCACAACGAAAUUUUGGUAAUAUUUGAUAUUUGUAAUUGACAACACCUGCUCUACGAGUAGCCAACGCGGACGCUAGAAGCUACUUGGAUCGGCCAUUUUGUCAUCGUAUGUAAAAGUGUGUGCAGGCGUGUUUCCUUACUCUUCGUGAAAAUUCCAAUUUAAAUUGAUCAGCUUUGUUGUUUUCAACAAACAAUACAGGUACCUAAGCGAAUACAUAAUUUUAGUUAUUGAUUUAUAGACAACCAUUGUCGACUAUUAUUAAGGUUGAAGGUGCUUUAACUUAUUGCAACUCCUGUUUCAUUAAAAAUAUUUGAUGUUAUAUUCUAAGCACAAUAUCUUUUCAUUUUUGUUAUGUUUCGUUACUUUUUUUUGUAACGUCACAAAAAUGAUAUAACAAAAAUGAAAGAAAGCCGCAUCCACACAGCAAUAAGAAGCUGAUUUUUGUAUUUUUUUAUUUUUAAAAUGGCGGUAAGUUAUAUUAACCUAAAAACCUAUUAACCUAUAAACUUUGUUCCUGAUUUUUUUUAUCUUUUUAGAAUGCCGAUGUCAGCAGCUGAAUGUCAACGACUAUACAGACAACGAUUGAAAGACCAGGAUCCACAAAGAAUUAAGAUUAAAAAAUUUUAAUUGAAUAAAAAAAAAUUAACAACAAGUUUAAUAAAAAAACAGAAAAUCAUUUUUUAUUUGAAUUAUUGAUUAUUGAUUAAACGAAUUAUAAAAAGUAAGGUGUUUUAGUAUUAUUAUACUUUAUCAAUCAAUGAAAAUAAUUAUUUAGGUACCUAUAGUAUGUCCGUAUUAUUUAUGCGAAUUGUGAAGAGACCCUAAUAAUUUCAUUUUUGUUAUUUUUUGUUACGAUUUUCAUUUUUGUUAUGAUUUCAUUUUUGUUUCAUUUUUGUGACAAUGGUCGUUUAAAAUGAUUUUCACCCAAAAUUAUUAUUUUGUACUCUCCCUACAAAGACUCAUCCGGCCGAUUAAUCACUUUAUACGAGAGAGAAUUUUAUUUUUCACAUUUCUUUUAUUAUUUUUUAUGAAAACCAUGUCGUAUGCAUAUAGCAUUGUCUAAAUAUAUUGUGAUUAUUUCCAUGACGAAUAAAAAUGAACUGUAUAUGAAUAAGGUACUACCUUGUACAUAUACAGGAAUGUAAUAUCGUAUAAAUCUUAAUAAGUCUAGUGAUUAGUCAUAGUCUUAUCUUAACUCUAGCUAGACUCAACCCCAGACACCUGAUCAUAUAAAUAGUAGAGGGAUGUUCUCAAUGCAAGCUCAGUAAUAUUAUUCUGUUUUUCUUAGAGAUGAAAACUUAUGUAACUUUAUUAAGUAUAGAUUAAAAUAAAAAUGUGAUAAUCUUUCCUACUCCCAACCUUUUUACAUAUGUCUGUACAUAUAAUCACGUCUUUAUCCCUUGCGGAGCAGACAAAACAGAGAAACGACAGUUUUGAAAAGUCUAAGGCCACGUUAAGCUAUAUGGAUUAAUAAUAAAACUGAGAUUCAAAUAGUAACAGGUAGACUCUAUUCGAAUCUCAAUUCUAUACCAAAUAUUAUGUAAUUGUUAGACCAAAAGAGCCAAGACCAAGAAGAGUCCGGAGUUUAUUAGCCUAUCUAUUGGUCGUCUUUUACGACAUUCAUGGGAAAGAUAUGGAGUGGACCUUUUAGUGCCGGGAAACACGGAAUUUGUUUGUUUAAACAUUUAUAAAGGAAUUAAUAUUUAAAUCUGGUUCACUAAUGAGCCGGUUAUUGGACCGCAAACUCGGCUGAUUGCACAAAGGUUAAGUAAAUACGAGGUUCGUUGUUUUAUGGCUUUUGUUUUCAUUUCGUUAUUGUUUCCAAUUCUAAUUUUAAGGUUGUUAAUAAUGUACUGUACAGGCACCUGCAUAGACACUUGACCCACCUAUGGCUUUGAUU